AUGCCGCCUCAGACUCUAAACUCUUUCCAGCAACUUGAAAAGGUUGGUACUUUCUUUGACUUCCUGGUGGAAUUGGUAUCCUCGCACGGUGGUAAGAUCGGACAUUUGGGCGAAGGCACCUAUGCAACGGUGUAUAAAGGGCGGAACAACCAGACGAAUGAGCUAGUAGCUCUGAAGGAGAUUCAUCUUGAUGCCGAGGAAGGCACGCCCUCUACGGCGAUCCGAGAGAUUUCUCUGAUGAAGGAACUUAAGCAUGAGAAUAUCCUUGCCUUAUACGAUGUGGUCCACACUGGAGAAAAGCUCGUGAUGGUGUCCGAGUACAUGGACAAGGACCUCAAGCGUUUUAUGGACUCCCGGGGUGGCGCGCUUGAUCUCGCUACCAUCAAAUCCUUUGCGUAUCAGAUGCUGAAGGGUAUCGCUUACUGUCACGAGAAUCGCAUUUUACACCGCGAUCUCAAGCCUCAGAACCUCUUGAUCAGUAGGGAUGAAGGGCUGCGCUUGGCAGACUUCGGACUUGCCCGUGCUUUUGGAAUUCCUGUCAAUACGUUCUCGAAUGAGGUGGUCACACUCUGGUACCGACCACCAGAUGUACUGCUAGGAAGUCGAUCAUACAACACUAGUAUCGAUAUCUGGUCAGCAGGCUGCAUCGUUGCGGAGAUGUACACUGGUCGGCCCUUAUUCCCGGGUACCGCCAAUGACGAUCAGCUCUUGAAGAUCUUUCGUGUGAUGGGCACCCCAUCUGAGCGGUCGUGGCCUGGAAUCAGCCAAUUGCCCGAAUUCAAAGCCGGUUUCCUCGUAUACCCGACCCAGGAUUUACGGCGUCUGAUUCCACAGCUGGACUCCCUUGGGGCUGAUCUGCUGAAUCGCAUGCUGCAAUUGCGACCGGAGCUACGGAUAUCUGCAGUUGAUGCGCUGAAUCAUCCGUGGUUCCAGAGCCAUCUUGCAGAGGCAGAAUCUUCGUCGCAGAGCGGGGCUCCUCUUGUUUAG